AUGUCAUCAGAACGUCGCUGGGAUCAACGUCGCUUUCGUCUUGAGGAAUCAACUACUCUCAACGAUGGCAAGCGCACCAUAUUCAUCGAAACCAUGACCCCAGGCACCACCGUGCCGCCUCAUUUCCACACGCGCUUCUCGGAGACUUUCGACUUGAUCCAAGGGUCCAUAUCAGUCUACAGCACCACCCAACCAGACGUUGACAUUCUGGAAUCGUCAGCCCAUCCGCUGCAGGUCGGUAAGCCCGAGACUGUGCAGCCCAACAUCUUCCAUAAGUACAAAGUCGAGGGCGAAGCAUCCGCUGUCCUCCGCGUUACCCUCCAGCCAGGAGACGCCGAUUUUGAGAGAUUGCUCAAGAUAAUGAACGGUCUGGACGCAGAUGGCAAACUGGCGAAAAUGGGCGAUAGCUUAGUGCUGAUGGCAGUCGUGAUGGAUCUCAGCGAUGCGCAUCUUAUUGGUCCAGCUAAGGAGAUGUUAGAUGGUGUGAGGAAAGAUCACAAAGAUGAAAUUGAGGCUUUGAGAUCGGAGUUGUUGAAGGCGUACGAUACAGAAGAAGCUCUGCGGGGGCUUUUACAUGGAGAUUCCUGA